AUGCGUCGGAACUAUAUCGAGUAUAUCGAGAUGGCCAAGAGAACAAUCCCAGUCGACCGUCUCUGUCAUAUCAAGCUUGAAGAUGGACUCGGCUGGGAGCAAAUCUGUCCGUUCCUUUAUAUGCCGAUUCCCGAUCAGGAAUAUCCCGAUCGCAAUGAGCCUGCGAGAUAUCAGGCUAUUGUUACUGAAGUCAUUCAGCUGAUGAUUACCAGAGCGAUAAUUAGAUUUGCCAAUGUUGCGGUUCCUACCGUCGGAGUUAUCGGGGUGGGCAGCCGUGAAGUAUGGGCCGAUACCUUCUGCAGCUGUAAAGAAGGUCUGAUCUUUUGA